AUGGCUUCCCAGGAAAGGGUAAAGGCAGUGACCAAAGGAACGGGGUUCUGUCGCUGCCCCAAGCAGACCACUUACACCCCUGGAACCUGCCAGCUCCUCAGAGUGAUGAUGAAGGAAUCCAAUCUGACUAAGUUCCAACAGCGACACAUAAUGGACACCAUGAAACGAGGAGACCCUCUGCCCCUGUACUGCAGCCCAACAUCCAGCCAGAGGGUCUUGCCUGCCAAGCAGCCGGCCUCCGCCGUCUACCUGCCUCCCAUCCUGGCGACCCGGUCCCAGCUCCGACCUGCCAGCAUGUGCCAGGCCAAUGGGGCCUACAGCCGGGAGCAGUUCAAGCCUCGAGCCACCAGAGACCUGGAGAAGGAGAAGCGAAGGCUCCAGAGCAUCUUUGCCGCGGGCAAGGAUAAGGAGGAGCGGAAGAAGCAGCCCCGGGCCGUGCAGCGGAAGGACCCAGCCCCCGCCCCCGCCCCGGACCGGUUUGAAGAACUGGUCAGAGAAAUCCAGGAGAGGAAAGAAUUCCUGGCUGAGAUGGAGGCCCUGGGACGGGCCAGGCAGUACCGAGGGAUCAUCCUCACGGAGAUCUCCCAGAAACUCCGGGAAAUGGAAGACAUUGACCACCAGAGGAGCAAGGAACUGAGGAAGGCUCUGGCCACUGCCUAA